AUGUCAUUAGAUAUAAGUGACUUCAGGUUUUCUACAGCAAACACGCCAAAUGUGUUUCAUCGCUUUGCAACUGCUGGCGACUGUAUUUCACCUGAUUGUCCUGAAGAAUACAGAAAAGGAAAUUUCAAAGUUGAUAUGAAUGGUACAAACUUUCUCUUACUGAACAGCAUUCCUUACUCAUUUCAUACAUUUCCGCCAUGUGCUCAACGUGUAUUCAAGGGAUCGAUGAGCUCUGAUCGUAGACAAUGGUCAGGAUACUGCGGGGGACAUUGCGGAAACUGCUGGCCUGAA